AUGCCCUCGCUCCGACACAACUUCUUCCGCUUUCCCAUGUCUCCAAUAUCAGAUUUAGCAGCGUACCUUCUCAGGCCAUCUGUGGACUCUACAACUCAGACAAUUGCUCUCAGGAGGCUCUCAAGGACGAAGUUCCCAAACCACAAUUCCACUUGGACCAAGAACAGUUCAGACACCCUGACCCUCCCAGAUGCCCGAAAACUAGGUUAUGCCCAAUAUGGCUCCCUGACAUGGCGGCCUAUCCUUUACCAACACGGCCUUCCAGGCUCUCGCAUUGAGGCUGCUGUUUUUGAUGAACUGGGUGAAAAAUAUGCAGUCCGUAUCAUCGCCAUAGACAGCCUGGUUGUGGUUGGAGUUCACCCCACCCAGAUCGAACACUUCUCAAUCAUCCAAAAGACUUGGAAUGCCUUGCAGAGCAUCUCGGGCUGGAUGAGUAUUAGGAUAUCAGGAGGUGGGCCAUACGAUACGCCCUUGCUUGCGCAAUGGCGUUACCCCGCGAAAAACUCAAUGGUUUUCCAUCACGAACCAGCAGCACAGCUAGACCUGAGUGGUGAGAAGUGUCUUCAGCUCACGCAGCAGCUUGUGGCUAAAGCUGAGGCUACAGCCCAUGAAAGUGACCUUAAAGUUUUUAAGGAUGAAGAUUAUGCUCAGGGGUUUGAUGGGGUUACUCAGGAUGACAGGUUGGUGGCAUCUGACUUUGGCUUUCGAAUAGAGGAUAUCUGCCUCGACUUACCUGUACAGCUGUGGCAUGGGAAGUAUGAUAGGUUUGUUCCCCUCAAUCAUGGCGAGUAA